UUAUUUUAUGGCAAGAAGGGAAAAUACUUCUGUGUAGUUUAAAAUGAAGCUAGAAGAGUUUAUGUAGAGGAGAGGAUUCUAUGGAUUCCUGUGAUAACAGGGAGGCUGUAGCCAGUGUGAACUGGAAAGGGGUAGCAUACCCUUGGGGUAGAUUACUCAAAUACUGCACUACCAUAAUAAUUGUUAUCAUAAGAGUAAAUGCACUUCUCUCCAUGUCCUAUUUAGUAAAGAAAUGGCUGAGCUUCUGCUGCAAAAAACCCAUGUUUUAAAUAGUUGCCUACAGUCUACUGCAACAUCAUUUAAAAUUAAUCCUUUGGAGUAAGCCUUUCUGGGGCAGGAAAACAAGACGUCACUAAGUUCACCUUGACUAAGUCUGUAGCAAGGACUGCUAAUUCCCGUUUUCCAAGUUGUCACAAGCCAUGUCAGUAUUCCUUACAGUGCAAGGGUCUGCACUGGGAGAAGUUCACUGGACCAAUAACUACCAAUAAUUGUGGUGGGUGAAUGUUGUAGAAACAUGGUACAUAAAAUCAGAUAGGUAAGGGAGAGAGCUGUGAGAAUGUCUGGAACAGGACUGGCCAGGUGGGCUUUGAGAAGAUGCAAGAUUAACCAUUUAGAGCCACAAGGACUUGGGAUAGGUCAAAACAAGACUAGUUGUUGCAUGAUGUUAAAUGUAACACACUUAAUAGCAUUUUAUUUAGGAAUAAGUAACUCUAAUUGCCAGUUACUCAUCAUAUUGGUAUCACUUGCAGUGGGGUAGACCAAACAUUUCUUUGACCUAAAGACAGAUCUUCUUUUCUCCUGAGGACUUGUAUAUGUGAUGAAAAUGUUCUGUGUACAGUCAGGGUUAAAAAGUGAAUUGGGGCUGGAACAACUAGAUUUCUUUGUGUCAUGUUCAUGUUUGGGGCUGUGGCUCUAGGAGGUACAGCAAUAGUCACAGUGAUGAUUCAGCAGAGAUAGAACAGGCCUGUUUAUGAAUGGGCUGUCUACAGGGAAAACUGCUGUAUAUAAAGGUGCUUAGAUGGUUAAAGUGUUACAUGAAACCCCCCUUUUUAGAGAAUUACUCCAGGUUUUCUUGAUAUGGCAGCUGAUCAUUUUGGUCAAGAGGCUCUAAACAUUGCUCAUUUGAGUCUGGUAUGUCAUUAAUAUAAAUGAGCUUGUGGCAAUACCAGCAAGUAGUUGUGUUGAGUGUGUAGAAAUAUACUAAAAUAUUGCUUGAAGGGAUUACAUUUUAUACAAAGUAUCUUAGCUUAAGAGGUGACUUGAGGGAAAACAAAAUCAUUGAAAUAUCCCCUUCCCAGCUUCCUGAGGUGUAAAUGAGAGGACUUCAAAAGCAAGGCAUGAGCAAUGGCUGAGGACAGCAUUGUUGGGCUGUGAGUAACUGCAGGCGGGUAAGAAGUUGGGGUGUGAACAGUGAAGCCCUUUGGGCCCUGGCAGCUGAAGUACACAUUUUGUUUGCUUCACAUUGGGAGAACUGUUGUGCUUUGUGCAUUCUGUGCACAAACUGUGCUUGUGUUUGAUGUAACCUGUGUAAACAUGAUGAGCUGGAGAUCUGCCCAAAGAGGCAGUUGGGAAGUGACUGGUGUGAAAUCAACCUUCCACUACUGACUGUGCUCACUAUCCUCAUGCUAAGGAAAAUCAGGUGCAGAGUUCAAACAGGGCAUGGUCUCAUUUCUUCCCUCAAAAAUCAUCUUAGGGAUGCCAUCAUGGCUGUAACUGGCACUGGGGACUAUGUUUGGCCUCUGGUUCAGUCUCGGGAUAGAAGAUUUUAAAUAGUUCACUUAAAAUUUUUUGCUUAGACAGAUAUCUGAUGCUUCCACUGAGACCCUUUUAGAUGGGGUAUGUGUAGAAGUAUGUGGUUUGUCUAGUUUCCAUGCCUGUGUCCUCAGUAGGAUGGGAUUCUAUGUGGUUGAACAAUCUGGACAAUCCCACUAAUAUGUCCUUCUUAUAUGUACUUUUGAUGUCCUCUUUGAGCAAGUUGUGUUGCUUUCUUCUAGGUACAUGUGAGGGUCAGUGAGACAGCUCACAUGGAAAGCCUGGAUAGAUUGGUCACUUAGUGUUUGGAGGGUCAGAAUUAGCAUACCAGUUAUAAGUGAGAUUUGGUUUAUGAUCUAAAUUAAGUGGCAGAGCAUACUUGGCAUUUUUCAUUUUAUUACAAGUAAACUAAAUAGUGCUAACAGAAUUCCAGCAUCAAGGAAAUGUUGUGUUUCAGUGACUAAUCUUAAUGGAGCUUCACAUACUGUGCUACUAACAAGUAAAACCACAUUGAAUCAGCAGUCUAGGGUAGUAUCUGUAUGGAAAUUUUUUUUGGCUCAAAUAACAGGAAACAUGGGACAGGAAGUGUCUUGGUAAAAGUAAAUAAAUAGUACAGUACCACAACUCCACAGAGCUUGUAAUUGCACCUGGAAAUUUUGAUGGGGUAUUUGUAAAGUGGCAUCCGCAGAGGGCCAUUUGAAAAAGCUCCAUGUGAACUUUCAAAUCACAUAGGGAAGUGCCUCCAACUCAUUCAGAUGUGUAAACUCAGUGAGCCAUAGUUGGUGUGUAUUCUGAAUAUUGUCUUGAAUAUGCAAACCUGUAGAAUUGUCAACUUGUCAACUGAUUCUUUUUCAGGAUGGAAAACUUAAUGCACCAAUAAGGAAGGGUUUGAAAACUUCACAGAAAUUCUACUGCUGUCCUAUUGAAGGCUGCCCUAGAGGACCAAACAGACCAUUUUCCCAAUUUUCUCUUGUAAAACAGCACUUUAUGAAAAUGCAUGCUGAAAAGAAGCACAAAUGUGAUAAAUGUAGUAACUCCUAUGGCACAGAAUGGUAUUUGAAACGCCAUAUAGAGGUCUGUGGCAAGACUUUCCAGUGUACUUGUGGGUGCCCUUAUGCCAGCAGAACAGCAUUACUGUCUCACAUUUACAGAACUGGCCAUGAAAUUCCUGCAGAACACAGGGAUCCUCCUAGUAAGAAAAGGAAAAUGGAAACCUCCCUACAUAAUCAGCAGUUGGCAGAGAAAGCGAACGAAGCAUUCGGUAAUACACACAGUACUGCUCCUGGCACUCAGGAAUUGGAGUCCUCUGAAGUGAAAGUAGCGGCCUCUCUUGAAGGCUCCUGCAGUUCUAACUUCACAAACCAAAUGCAGCCAAAAUGUGCACCAAAGAUGCUUUUACCCAAGCCCAAGGUGGCUUUGGUUAAACUUCCAGUGAUGCAGGUUGCUCACUUGCCUGUGUAUGUAUCUGCAACAGACUCUUCUGUCAAACCUGCUGUAGUGGCUGUUGAUAAUCAAGGUUCAGUUGUAAGUACAGUUCAUUUAUUGCCUCAAUCUAUAGGAAUUCUGAUUCCAGCCCUGGAGGCAGAAACACUUGUAUUUAAAGACAGUAUGCCUGUUUCAAAAGUGACGACUUCUGGUGAUCGUGAACCAGUAAGUACUGGUGUACAAGUUGAAUUGGACAAGGUUACAUCAAAUAACACAGGGCAAGAGCUGGGGAAUGUUUGUCACAAGAGCAAAAUUUCUUCAAUAAAUAUACAGACUGACUUAUCUUAUAUCUCACAGAGCUUUGUACCAGCUGCAGCCUGGACUCCCAAUUCUUCUGUGUCCUCUUGUUCUCAGACAGAUCUGUCAUUCAGUUCCCAGGUUUCAUUACCCAUCAGCGUACAGACACAGACGCUGCUGCCUGCUUCCAAACUGACUUCAUCCAUAGCUGCUCAGACUGAUGCUUUCAGUCAGGGCUGUUUUCCAGCAUGUGGCAUUUCCAGAGAGACCCAAACCAGUAGGACACAGGACUGUAUUGAUGGAAGAGUACAGAUGGACCAGGCUGUAAUGUGCAGCAACAUUUUUGACAACGUUCCUUCAUCAUAUAAUGUUUCUACUCACAUUGAACUUCCAGAAAACAAUUUAAUGCCUGCAAAUAUAGAUCAAACUUUGCUGCAAAGAAGUAGUUGCAAGAGCCUGAAUCAGGAUACAGUUAAGUCUGAAUCCCUUAUCAGCUUCAAUGCACAGACUAAUAUACUUCCACCUCAAAAUACAACAGAUAAUCAAACCCAGACAAUGGACCUGUUAAGUGAUCUGGAAAACAUCUUUUCAGGAAACAUGUCUGGCCAGACACUGGAUAAUCGUGGCCUUUUGUCUGAGACAAGUUCUAAUGCUGACACACAUCUUCCAUCUGGUCCAUCACAGAGCACGGGGAUAGACUUUGACAUUGAAGAGUUCUUUUCAGCAUCCAAUAUCCAGACUCAGACUGAAGAGAGUGAGCUUGGUACCCUGAACUCUGAGCCAGUUUUGGAGUCGCUAGACAUUGAAACUCAGACUGAUUUCUUAUUUUCAGAUAGUGCCACUCAAUCAUACAACUGCCGAGGCAAUUCUAACUUCUUAGGUUUGGAGAUGUUUGAUACACAGACACAGACAGACUUGAAUUUCUUUUUGGACAGUACUACCCACCUGCCUUUAGGAAGUAUUCUGAAACAGUCCAGUUUCUCGAUGAGCACUGACUCAUCUGAUACAGAAACCCAGACAGAAGUAUAUAUGGCUACUAAAAAUACACCUACUCAGAAUAUUGAAAGCAAAGUCCAGCUCAGUAGUGCUGAGACACAGACUAUGGAUAGCUGCUUUGAGAAUCUGGGGAGUUUAUUCCUCACCAGCAAUGAAACACAGACAGCAAUGGAUGACUUCCUUCUGGCUGACUUAGCCUGGAAUACAAUGGAGUCCCAGUUCAGUUCAGUAGAAACACAGACCUGUGAAGAGCUGUGCUCCUUGUUCCAGAGCUCUGAUAAGCCCAGCCACUGAGUGCUACGUAAUAUAACUGUUUCCUGUGGUUUGAAUUUAACUUAUUGGGGUGGGAGAGAUGGCUUUACCAAGUGAUCCACUUAGCAUUAUUGAAUGUACUUGUCAUGAGCAGUUGACCUAAGAGACUUUUCAUGCUGAAGGUACUCUAUGAAUAUGUAACUUUACAUAAACUAUGUGUGUAUAAAUAGAGGGGAAAGGGGGGGCUGUAACAGGUUAAUGUACAUUUGAACCUUAAAGAAUUAUGUGGUGCCUAUGUUUUUCCUCAAACUUCUUUACGAAGCUGUUACUGCUUUCAUCUAAGUGGAAGAAAUUUUAAAGUUGUUCUCUGUAUCUCUCUCUGUUCCUGGCUUACAUGCAGGGUUCCAAUGUGCUGGACCAAAACCCUGACCUGUUCAAUUGAGAUGCUUCCCUGAACUUACGGGGGAGGAUUCUAUUAGUGUAAGCUACUUCUGUUUACUUUUUUUAGUAGCUUGUAUUUUAAAUCCGGCAUGAACAUAAUCAGCCGUAUUGUCUUUUACUUUAUGCCUUCACAGCUCUUUCUCCUGCAUAAGCUGACAAAUACCUGUCCAACACACUAGUCACAUAGAGAUUCUUGAAUUGCUGAAAAUAUUUAUUAUUAAAAAUGUGUGUAGAAAGCAGUAUUUUUUUUCCCCUGAGUGGCACUGAUGCUCUUUGAAAGGUAGGAAAAGAAUUUGGAAGUCGUAAUCAUAGGGAAAAUUAGUAUGUCGUCCUUUUAGCUAGUGUAAUAAAUGGGACUAACAUUUUUAGAGUCUUCAGAAGGGAUUUGCUUUAAUUAUUUCUCUCUGUAAGAUGCAAAUGUUACAAGGUGUGUGCCUCAGAGACUGGAAUCAUUUGGUUUUGCUGAAAUUCUCCUAGCUUUAUUGAGAUACAAGUUGAGAAAUGAUACAGUGGUUAACUACCUUAAGAGAAAUCUUUAAAAAUGGGCAAUUAAAUUCUUUAAAACACUCACCUUGACUCCUGUUUUUGGACUUCCUGCUUCCAAAAACAAUUGGAAUCCAUACAGCAGAGCUGGGAGAUCAGCUCACAGAAGCCCUUCCAGAGCAGCUCUAUCUUGCUUUUGCACUUUGCUCUGCAGCCCUCAGUUCCUGCAGCUCUUACAAAUUCCCUGCAUAUAGUGAAAAUCACACAAACUGAUUUUUCAAAGAAGAACAUAUGACUUCUUGGCACCUUUUUUUUAAUGCUUAGGUUUCCCCUCUUGCCCCUGUUUGUGAUAUUUUUCAUUUACAUUAAGCAAGUUGUGAAUGUAUGUUGGAAUUUGGCCUUAAGUAAUUUUUAUCUCUUACUAUAAUAUCUGUGAACUGUAGGCCUCUGGUUUUGUACUGGACAGGUUUUAGUUUCUGUAACCUUAAGGGAAAACUCUUUGUGUCAAAUUCAUGGGCCUGUAACAGACUUUACUCCUCCAUUGUUGGAGGGGGGGUAUUGGCUGCAUAUUUACUGUGCAGCCCAGCAGCAAAUGUAUGUCCAAGCCUUAGGUUCUGAGGACUCCCUAUGCUUUGUGCUGCAUAUUCUCAGUUCAAAGAUGUGGGAGUUAAGUUACUCAUCCAUUGCAGCCAGCUUGUUUUUUAUUGCAGAUGAGCAAUACCUUUCUAUUUUCCUUUUUUUUCCUUUGUCUUUUCCUAAUAUUCUUUAUAUUGCCAUGUUGAGUGUCUUUACCUUUAUUGAAAUAAUCUCUUUAGGUUAAUCCUGAAACUCACAUUUUCUUUCUGAAACCUCAUCUGUGUUGCCUGUUUGAUUUUUCAACAUUUCUAGGUAUGAUUUCAGACACUUGCAGUCUGGAUGAAGAAACUGCAGAGCAGAAUCUUGCAGUUCCUCAGGAGAAAGUAACUCCGCUGUGGGGAAUGCCCCCAGGUUUCACAAUGUCUGUAGAAUUCUCAUCUGAAGGGUGGGAUAUAUUUAAAAAAGGAAGGCCUCACUUGUAAUUUUGUUUCUUGUGAAGAUAUGACUGACUCAUAUUUACCUGCCUACUUUGAAAUUGAGAGAUAAGAUAAAGAACAACAUUAGGUUAAUUUAUUCUAUUGCAAUGUCUUUCUAGUAGUGUUGCAACUUCUCAUUUUAAAGUGUUUUUCCUUCUCCUUUCUUCCCCUGGCUAAAUACCAGAGAGCACUUCUUCAUACACUGAUUUCUGUGUUUCCCAUGUGCAAGUUGUCUGUACUGACAUGUAAAAGAGAGCAGUUCCUAUGAACCUGGUUUGGAAAAAGGGUCUUUUCCACAGCUAUAGAAGCUGUUCAUUACCUCUGAAUUUAGAACAUCAGUCUUUAAUCUGCAAGAGAAGGAGUCUUGGGUGCUGAGGAGCAGAAUUACUGAUGGGUUUGAAUUUUAGUCAUCUGAGAGACCAGUGAGGUUUAAAGUACUUUGAAACUAAUUUACAAAUUAGAGUGGUAAUUGCAAUGUUGUUGUGUAAGCCAAAGCUCUUAGCAUCCAGGACUGUCAGGAAAAGACCCAAAAGUUUGUGUGGAUGAAAUCUUACAAUGUAAUAAUUACCCAGUUAUUGUACUUUGUAAUUAAAAGUGUUUUGGAGCUUUGUGUGUUUUAUUAGAACAUGCAAAUCACAAUCCUUUCACUCAUUCUAUUGGUUUCAAACAGUUUGGACUUUAAUUAGGAGAACACAGUACAACAACAUGAAGUCAUUUAUUAAAAGUGCAAUGUUAAAAAAUUGUUAAAUGUGUGCACUGUCUUAGGAAAGACAAAGUUAACUUCUGAGCAAAAUUAACUUCUUUCUUCACUAAUUUGGUUCUCCAUAAGUUAUUCAUAAAAGUGAAAAACAGGUUUGUGUCAUGUAUGUCUGGCAUAUGUCACUCAGUCUGGAUUUAUUAAGUAUUUUUAUGAAAAUGUGGAGACUGCAGCCAGACUUCAUAGCUUGGUGAAUCCCACACAAAACUUCAUCUAAUCUGAUCUAAAACGCUAUUGCUGAAUAUUACAAAUUUUUCACAUUUAAACAAAUUCUUGAAAAAGGCUGAUUUUUUUAUUUUUGCCUUCAUUAUAAGAUAAGCUUCAGACACCACUAUUUCUGGGUAGAACUAAAAUACUUAUCUCCCUUUUUCUGCAGUUAUCUCUGAUCUGAUUUUCAAGGCACUGUAUUGUAAGUAUUGGUCAGCAGUGACUUUUACUAUCUCUUUUUUGUAUCCUCUAUUGCCAUUAGAGCUGAUACACAGAAAGUAACAUCAGAUUCUCUGUAGCCUCUUAGCACAAUUUUUAUCUGGAAGUGAUACUAAUGUUAGGUGUACUUACCCUUUGUGUUUCCUGCUUAAUUCUGUUAAGCUGUGGUUGCUGAAUCUUGAUCUGGAUGCCUGUGUAACAUUAUUAUAAAACUGAAUAAGUACUUUCGUAGUUUCAUUUGUGCUUUUCUUUAAUAUAUAAAGAGUCAAACAAAGGAAAAAGCAGAUUUGGGACUUGAAUUCUGUGAGAAUAUAAGCACAAAUAAGCUGAAAAAUGAAAGGUCUGUCAUGUUACCUUCCGUAUUUGUUUGUCAGAAUGCUAAAAGUUUGUCUGACAGUAGAUGUUUCUUCUUCUUAUGGCUUUAUUUGUGUCUAUUUCUCCUAAUACACCUGUAAAUACUAUCUGCUGUGUGUAAGGGAGGGAGUCCUCCCCAAAACUUUGUGUUGGCCUAGAAAAAUUGGUAGUUUUAAGUCAAUUUGUUAAUGCUAUAUAUUCUUAGUUAUGCAAAGCUGCUUGUAUCUAGAAAAUUCUCACUUCCAAAGGAUAUGAAAGCAUUAAAAAAAUGUAUAUAUGCUUGCAGCUGUAAAUUAAACAGCUGCAAAAGAAACUUUGUGAAACCUUAUUUAGUUUUGAACAACUUGAUCAGUGUCUGUAACUUAAUGUAUGUAACUAACUCCUUACAAAUCUUUAUUUCAAGGCACAAUAGACCGUUUUUUGCUGUUGGAAACGAGAGGCUGAAUUUCCCUGUUAGUCAUAUGGACCCCAGCUGUGUAGGGGCAACAAAACAAAGAACGAUGGCUGCCUUCCACUGUUCUAAAUCCUUAUGCUGCUAAGAUGUGAAUUGAUUUUUUUGUGAGGCCGGAUAGAAACAGAAGAGCUGGCACUACUGGGGGCUUAGGGGGCUAGAGGGGGUUUAAUAGCCUUUUAAAUAUAGGGAAAGUUAAUAGAACUGAUACUGAAUCAACAUAGGGUGCUCAACUUGCAAAAGAACAUGUUCCUGAAAUGGCAGCUCGGAGGUGAACCAAAUGUACUUGCCUUUAUCAUUAAGGUUGUACAGUUUCCUUUGCUUUAAUAUAUUUCUGACAUGUGCUGAUUUUUUUAAACAUGAUCUUAAUGUACCAUUUACUGUUCCAAAUACAUUCACACCAAACUGUUGGUAACGUUCUGGGCCUUGCAAGCUUUUUCAUUCAUUUGGUUUAAGGUGCUGCUUGCUAUGCUUGUGUCCUGGUGGGGUGGGCCUCCUGUACCCAGGCUGCCAUUGACAGCAGGAGCACUGUGAGGAUACGGCUGUUUAAUGGUAGCAAACCAGUGCAUGGUGCAAUCAUGCAUCUUCUGUUUCUUUUGUAGCUGUUUUUUUAAGGGUUGAUGUGAAUUUAAAUGUGUAUGAAAAGGACUUGCUGCUUAGAACAUGACUGAAUUCUCUUGUUUCAAGUGCCAUUGCUAUGCAAUGAACCGAACUCAGCACUCAGCUCCGCAGUGAGGGUGAGGGAAUGUUUGUUUGUGUGUGUGACUCUUCACUGAAAAUGUAACCAGACUGCCUGAAACGGUGGAAAUUCCUCAAGGAACUGCCGGGUUAAAUAACAGAAGUCCCUUUACUUUUGACCAUUUUUCAUAUGCUGGCUUUAUGGUACCUUCAGCUAGCAAUGGAAUAUAAUAGAUGGCUUGUGGUGGUGUCAGCUCUACAUUUCGCAACAUCCAGUACUUAACAUGCUUCAAGCACCUGCAUGCAGAGCCAGAUUGACUGUACCUCUACCUACAGACAUUUGCAAGUGCAUCUGUGAUAAAGCUAGAUAUGAAAGAUGGCCAUAUCUUUACGUCUUAAAGACUUCAACACCUGAUUACAAUCUCAUUUAAAUUUGUAAUUAUUUGGAAUGAAUGAGUAAUAAAUCUCAUGGAUGAGUCUUUCCCAAAGCGUGUGUGAGUUAAUCUCAGCAAGGCUGAGAAAUGUCCUUAAAAUAAUUUUCUUGUCAUUACUGAUAGGAUUUUUUUUAUUUAGUGGACAAAUGUAGUUUUCAAAGGAUGUUCAUGUUUAAUUCUUGCUAUUUAAGCCAGUAAACUUGCAGUGACCAGACAAAAUCAAGCGUUCAUUUCUUAGACCUAUUUUACAAGUGACAAUCCCAAAGAAGGAAUGUUGUCCUAGUAACUGUGAAACUUGUAAUUACAUUAUUGCAUGCAGAGAAAAUCUUGUGCCAAAAUACUGUUCCCUCUUUCCCUCUGUUGGAAACCGAAGUGUUACACAAAGCUACUAGUAAGUUAUUCACAAGUAUUGAAACGUUUUGUUCACAAAUGAAGCACUUAUUCAGUCCUGUAAAUUAUACAUAUUUUGGAAUAAAGUUAACUUCAAUCAUU